AUGGCAUCCACUUCGAUAUCAGUUCUAUUCCUCCUCCUCCUUGCAACCUUCGCCGCCAGUGCCAGCGCGGCCACCUUCACCGUCAAAAACAACUGCAGUUCCACGGUGUGGCCAGCUGCCAUCCCGCAUCCCGCGACGCUGGCUGAGUUCAGUAUCGGCGGCACCGAGGAUUACUACGACAUCUCGGUGAUUGACGGCUACAACCUGCCCAUGGCCUUCUCCUGCAGCACCGGCUCUAGUCCGGUGUGCACGAGCCCCACCUGCACCGAGGCGUACCGGUUUCCGAACGACGAUUCCAAGACCCCUGGAUGCAGCGGCAACAGCAACUACCAGCUCACCUUCUGUCCAUGA